ACCAUUAACAAGAACAUCUCGGCCUUAUACGUACUCCUCACAAUAUUUAUUUCAUCAUUUGUUUUUUCCUCAGCCUUACCGAACGACGUAAAUUGGUGGUGUGACAAAACACCAAACCCCGAGCCAUGCAAGCAUUUCAUGAGCAGCAAAUCACAAAAAUUAGGAUUCAUUCCGGGUAAAUCUGAAUUUCGUAAAAUGACUAUGGAACUAGCCUUGGAACGUGCACUUACCGCCGAGAGUCACACCAAAUGGCUUGGCCCAAAGUGUCGUAACGAGAAAGAGAGAGCUGCAUGGGCUGACUGUUUGACCCUCUACGAAAACACCAUCAUGCAACUAACCCAAACCUUGGACCCAACCACCAAAUGUACCGAUUUUGAUACUCAAACAUGGCUCAGCACCGCACUAACCAACCUCGAGACAUGUCGAGCUGGGUUUAUGGAGCUUAAUGCUUCAGACUACAUUUUACCACUCAUGUCUAAUAACGUAACGAAACUUAUUAGUAAUACUUUGGCUAUCAACAACGGAUCAACACCACCCGUGGCGACUUACAAAGGGGGGUUUCCAAAUUGGGUUGUGCCUGGUGACAGGAAGCUUCUCCAAACAGCGGCACCAAGGGCAAACAUUGUGGUGGCUCAGGACGGUUCAGGGAAUUUUAAAACGAUUAAGGCAGCUAUUGACGCGGCUGCAAAGAGAAGUGGGAGUGGGAGGUUUGUUAUUUAUAUAAAAAGGGGUGUUUAUAGAGAGAAUAUUGAGAUCGGGAACAAAAUGAAGAAUAUUAUGCUUGUGGGUGAUGGGUUGAAGUACACCAUCAUCACCGGCAGCCGCAGUGUUGGAGGCGGUUCCACCACCUUUAAAUCCGGCACCGUUAUUGUAACCGGUUCUGGCUUCAUUGCUCGUGGCAUAACAUUCCGUAACACUGCUGGCCCUCAGAACCACCAAGCAGUUGCCCUCAGGUCAAGCUCUGACUUUUCGGUCUUCUAUCGUUGUGGCUUCGAAGGAUAUCAAGAUACGCUCUACGUCCACUCCCAACGACAAUUCUACAAAGAAUGCUACAUUUAUGGUACCGUUGAUUUCAUUUUUGGAAACGCAGCCGUGGUUUUCCAAAACUGCAUGAUUUACGGAAGACGAGGCAUGGCUGGUCAACAAGUCACAAUUACAGCCCAAGGUCGAACAGACUCGAAUCAAAAUACUGGGAUCUCGAUUCAAAACUCUCGAAUCAUGGCUGCAUCCGACUUAAAACCGGUCUUGAGCUCAUUUAAAACAUACUUAGGCCGGCCAUGGAAGCAAUAUUCUAGAACGGUCUUCUUGAAAAAUUAUAUUGAUAGUUUGGUGGACCCGGCCGGAUGGUUAGAAUGGGAUGGGAAUUUCGCACUUAAUACGUUGUACUAUGGUGAAUAUAGAAACACUGGACCGGGUUCAUCAACAAGCCGAAGAGUAAAGUGGCGUGGGUAUCGGGUUAUUACUAACGCAAACGAGGCUUCUAAGUUUACGGUCGCAAAUUUCAUUGCGGGUCAGUCGUGGUUACCUGGUACUAGUGUGCCGUUUUAUUCUAGCCUCUAAGUCAUUCUAAGUUGACUUUUUUGGUUGAAAAUUAAUUUGUGUAUUUAUUUUCCAUUUGUAA